AUGAAGAUCAUUGCAUUGACACUCAUCAUUUUCGUCAUACUUUCAACAUCAUUUCCGGCUCCCAUCAAAGCCGCGGACACUGGAGAUUCUGGAAAUGUAGGAGCAGCAUGUGACGCAACGCAGCUUCAGCCUUGCCUGUCCGCGAUUACGGGAGGAGGACAACCAUCGGGUAGUUGCUGUGCAAAGCUGAAAGAACAGCAGCCAUGCCUGUGUGGUUUUGCUAAGAACCCUGCGUUUGCUCAGUACAUUAGCUCUCCAAACUCUCGCAAAGUCCUCACUGCUUGUGGUGUUGCUUAUCCAACUUGUUAA